AUGUUCCUUCAGGUCUUGAGUGAUCCAGAGAGAAGGCAAACCUAUGAUCAAUAUGGUGAAGAAGGUCUAAAAGACAUGUCACCUCCUUACUCAAAUGAAAGCCAAAGUGGAUUUAAUCCUAGAAAUGGUGAGGGAAUUUUUGCUGAAUUCUUUGGAAGUAGCCCUUUUGGAUUUGGAUUAUCAGGUGCUGCGAGAUCGAUGAGAUUCUCAUCUGAUAGAGGAUGGCCAUAUGGUGGAUUUGGCAUGAAAAGUAACAUCUUUAGAAAUUAUAGCAAUGGAAACGGCGCAAGCAUGCCUAAGAAACAACCACCGGUUGAGAGUAAAUUGCCUUACAGCCUCGAGGAGUUGUAUACUAGAUCCUGA